AGGGCAACCAAAUUCGUAUCUUUGGUUUCGGUCGGCCGGUCGUCGGCGGUCGAUAUAGCCGGCCUAGCCUAGCCUGGAACGCGCGGCACGCGCCGUCUCUUUUUACUGGGUGAUCACUGACGGGCAAAAUUGCGAAAGGAACUCUGCCAUCAAAAUGUCAAAUUCUAAUUUAAAGAAUGUGAAAGAGGAAGCGAUGGACAGUACAUCGUCAGAGGGUGGAGUGAAUCGUGCCACACCCAACGGCUCAGAAGCAGAGAUUGAGGCAGCAGCACUGCCUGUUAAACUGGCUGGAGACGCCUUAGAAGAACUACUAGAGCAUAUGGAGGACUAUGCACCUACUAUUCCAGACGCAGUGACAGGUUAUUAUCUGAAUAGAGCUGGAUUUGAGGCCUCAGAUCCUAGACUGGUUCGAUUGGUUUCCAUAGCAGCCCAAAAGUUCAUCUCAGACAUUGCCAACGAUGCCCUGCAACACUGUAAGAUGAGAGGAUCGGGUCAAAGUUCAAAGAAAUCUGUCAAAGACAAGCGCUACACUCUCACCAUGGAAGACCUGAACCCUGCAUUAACGGACCAUGGAAUUAACGUCAAGAAACCAUACUACUUCACAUAGCAGCAUACAGGAACAUGCAUGAACCAUGGAACAUUGCACAUGUAUGCAUGCAGGUACAUGUGAGAAGCUGUUGAGAAUAUUUAUACUGGCAAUGCUCCAAGCUAUGCGUUUCAUUCUAUGUGAAUAUCAGACAUCAAGUUCUAUUAGAGUGGGUAGCGGUAGGCAACUCCGAGAGGUCCUUGUGAGAAAUAUGAAGGUUUUUUGCCCUCCAGCUGGAAGUGAGAAUUCAUAAAUAUCCUUAGCAUUACCCAUGUUUGAUGGUGAUUUACCAUGGAUUGCCCUACAGUAUACGCGCAGAAACAAUUAUAUGGGACCACACACAUAUUAUAUGUGGUGAUUUGUUGGAUGUUCAGCCAACACUUUUCAGCUAUUUCUUGUCGGCAAGUGACCAUGGAUUGCCCUACACUCAAAAUCAAGCAUUGGGGACCGCAUACAGAUCCUGGCCCCUUAGCACAAAGGUUAGCAAUUAAUCGCUAAAUGCAAUGGCCUAUCAAGAUCAUUGUUGCAUGCGCAUUUUGCCCAGUAGACUGACCAGGAACCAAUCAGAUUUGCUCUUUCAAAUUAGUGAUUAAUUUUUAACUUUGUUUACAGGGCCCAGAUGGGAUUCUCACUUGACCAGAUCCAAAUUCAUCUAAUAUUCAUUUUGACUCAUUCAACAUGGCCCCAUCAGAAAAACCCAAUUUGGCUUACAGCCUGUUCGUCAAAUCAGCAUUUUAUUUUACAUGUACAGUAUAUAUGCAUCUAAUUAUUCUAAUAUAUUACAAGUAUUUAAUUACACACUUUACCCAUUUACUAUUUUCUCCAGUUAUGAGUUUAAAUGUACGAUGGUUUGUCCAUUUUGUCUUAUGCUCAUUUGGUCUAACACUGUAGAUUAGCCAAACUGAUGGUAGACCAAAUGGUUCAUAAAAUGAAACGGGGACAAAGAAAGCAGCCUAAUGGGAGAUCGUUUGAUGAUUGAAUUAAGUGAUGAUUGGUUUAGAUGUGUAUGAGACCAAGUGGCAAUUGGAACCCAUGGAUAUUCGCCCAAAUUGAAUGUUUCAGGGGACUUGAAUUCAGACAAGAUACUUGAUGAAAUGCUUAGAAUCAUUAAGCUAUAAAGGUCGUAGGACUUAAGCCUUAUAAUCAUCACCCUUCAUAAAUUUGUGAAGUUAACAAAUGCUUUAUUCUUUCAUAUUUUGUACUGGUAUGUGAUUAUAUCUAGGUAGAUUUGUUUUAACAUGAUCACAAAGUAAACAAACAGUAUAAAUUCAAUAUACUUCUAUGCUUAUCACCAUACUUAAGUUAACAAGUAUUAUUGUUAAUUAAUUGGAUCAUAAGAAGGCUUUUCCUUGUCACCUGUCAGUUGCAGUUGUAGAAUUUCAUUCAUUGUGAGUCUAUGACCACAGUCACCAGACGUGUAUUGUAUUUCCUCUUUUUCCUUUUUGAAUCGAGUAUGUCAGGAUCUCACUUUUUAUGAUUUCACAUCCUUUUUGUUUUUUGUAUCUGUAUAUACAUGUAGAGUGUAUAGUUAAUUGUUUCCUGGUACAAGGAAAUUACAUGUAUACUAUAAUAAUUGCAGAUUGAAAAGAAAUUUUGGCAAAAAAAAAAUUAAGAAGGCUUGGUAACAUGAAACUUUGAGCUGCUUAUUUAGUAUCAGUGUACAGAGUUGAGAUGAAUCACUGAAUAAAUUAAUGGUUGUAUUGUAUUACAUCCGCAAAUUUAAAGACUGCCCCUUACCACCCGCCAAGUACAAUGCCACCAGUAUAGAAUUUUCACUUAGAAGUGUUUUUUGUAAUAACAGCUAUGUCUCCAUGUUUUGACAUUUCUGAAUUUGAGGAAUUCCCAAUAUAAGCCUAAGCAGAAUUUUCAGACCAGAUCGUGUGAUCGUACACAUGUAGUUCUUUUUUUAAUAGAGUUGUACAGAUUUCUUUAUUGUCCCUUGUAAUUUUCUAAUUCCUGAUAUUCUGGCUAUUUGAUGAUUUUAUUUAGAAUCAUACAUUAACUUUACUGAUCUAUGAAAUAAACUACCACAAAGUUACCAAAUCUUUUUAAUGUAUAUAGUAAAUGUUGUGAAAUGUACUUUCAACCUAUCGUACACUACGUGAUACAUGUAGCCCUUCAGUGCCCCGUUGCACAAAAGUAAGAUUUAUGAUAACUUUGCCAUCCAGUGGUAACUACCAUGUUUAUGCUGAUCAACAGCCAAUCAGAGUCAAGGAUUCCAUGCAAGUUAUCAUUUGAUGGCAAUACCAUAUUGGUAACUUUGAGGCAAUGGGACCCACAUACAGCAUGUUAUUAAUUAAACUGAUUAUAAUUGAUUUAAA